AUGCAAAACCGGCUCAUGCAACUCCGCUCAAGCAACAGCGUAAACAUCCUACCCAACAGCUACUACCUCCCUUCGACCGCGAGCUAUCCAUGGCCACAGCUGCUCAGAUCCUCUGCCCGGCCGCGGGACUGGUGCAACCCGCAACGUCAGGCCUCUGAAAUAAUCUAUUAUGCCCGCUUUACAGAAAUUGCCCCCGUAUUUAUUAUCUACGAGGAGCCGGCGCGGCCGCCAGUGGAGGGGGGCCCUUUUGAGGCCUUCUGGAACCGCGUGCUGGAGUUUAUCACCAAGCUUAUAACAUACACCACCCGUUCGUUUGGGCCCCCCGGUGGUACUGCUAGGGGGAGAGCACCCUUGAGGGAUCUGCGCUUGAGGAAGAAUUAG